AUGCCUUUCAGUAAGCCCUCGGGGGCCUCUAUCAGGCAGUUCUUUGGUUUCCUCCACCUCCUCUUCUACGCCGACCCGACAUGGCUCGACAAGAUACUGGUUUUCGUUGGCGCUAUAGCUGCCAUCGCAGCAGGCGUACCUUUUCCACUCAUCGGAAUCGUCUUUGGUCAACUGGUCGAUGAGAUCAAUACAGCAACAUGCAACAAUCGCGAUGGUGGCUCCAAUGGGGAUGAAGAAGCCGAUAUCACGCCCAAGAUCCUAUUACUCGUCUAUAUCGCUAUUGGCAGCUUCGCUUGUAUCUACAUACACCUUGUAUGCUGGAAUUUGGCAUCGCAGCGAUUAGCUCAACGCAUCCGAGAUCGCUACCUCAGGAACCUUUUACGACAGGACAUGGCCUUCUUCGACAAUCUACAAGCUGGUGAAGUGUCAUCUCGACUCAACGGCGAUAUCCAGGCCAUCGAGAGCGGGACUGGUGAGAAGGUCGGCGUUGCGUUGACUUGUCUCUCCUUUUGCGUCACGGCCUAUAUUGUUGGCUUCAUCAAGAAUGCCGAAUUGGCUGGCAUGCUUGUCUCCCUGAUCCCUGCGUUCCUGCUCAUGGCAGUGAUAGGCGGUCACUUCGUUGGAAAGUAUAGUGCUAAGCUCGGCGGGUGCUUUGGGUCUGCCAGCGCCAUCGCGUCUGAAGCCCUCAGCCACGUAGGACUCGUGCACGCGCUUGGAGCGAAUGCAAGACUAGAAGAGAAGUUUAGGGACCAUCUGGGCAACGCUCGUGAGGCAGGUAUCAAGAAAUCUACGAUUGCUGCGGUCCAAGCUGGACUGCUUUAUUUCAUCGCCUUCUCGGCCAGUGCCCUGGGUUACUGGCAGGGUAGUCGCAAGGUCGCAGACUCUCUAGAGGGGAAAGGUAGUGCGACUAUCGGAGAGAUCUAUACUGUUACGUUCAUUCUUCUAGAUGGUGCUAUUGUUUUGAGUCAGAUCGCACCCAUGUUACCACUGUUUGGUGGAGCGAUCUCAGCAUUUGAGCGCUUGCGGAAGGAUAUUGAAACUCAGCCCACCAUUGACAACACUUCGUCAUCUGCGGAAAAGCCGACUCACGCUGACGGUACUGUUGAGUUCCGCAAUGUUGCGUUCACAUACUCUUCCAGGCCCGAUCAUCCCGUGCUGAACGGGAUCUCGUUGACCUGCGAAGCCGGCAAAAUGACUGCUAUCGUCGGUCUCUCAGGUAGCGGCAAGUCCACGGUCGCUAGUCUCAUCAGCCGCUUUUAUGAUCCGCAAUCCGGAGAUGUGCUUCUGGAUGGCCGCAACGUCAGAGACAUUAACAUUAAGACUCUCCGAGGAUUCAUCAGCCUCGUGCAACAAGAACCAUCGCUUCUUGAUCGUUCUAUUUUGGAGAAUAUCGCCCUUGGCCUCGUCAAUAGUCCACCUCAUGCACAUCUUGAGAAGACACUGUUGAGUGGGAUCCUUGCUCAAGUCGCGGAAGACGUCAGGGGUGGCCAGGAACUCAACCGAGUUGCUGAGAACGCUGGCCCAGAGGUUGCAGAGAUCCUCAAGUUGGUGAAACAAGCUGCAGUUCUUGCCGAUGUCGCUGUGUUCAUCGACCGCCUAGAAUUCGGUUUCGCGACCGCAGUCGGUUCAAGUGGCAGCCUCGUCAGUGGUGGGCAGAAGCAACGCAUUGCUCUUGCUCGAGCCCUUGUCCGUGACCCUCGGAUAUUAAUCCUUGACGAGGCUACGGCUGCCCUGGAUUCGGCCAGUGAGCAGCGUAUCCAAGCUGCUAUAGAUCGGGCUUCCCAAGGCCGGACGGUGAUCUCAAUUGCGCAUCGAUUGUCAACUAUCAGAGCUGCCUCGAAGAUAAUUGUUAUGAAGAAGGGUGAUAUCAUCGAGCAGGGUACUCAUGAUCAACUGAUGGACUUGGACGGGUCGUACGCGGACAUGGUUCGCCUACAAUCCGUUAAAACCGAGGACGGCCCAUCCAGCUCGAGGACCAGUCUGGAUUCGCGCGACACCGACACUAUUGCUGAUGAAAAGUUAGCACUGAGCGCGCAGGAGCCUGAUGCUGUCCCAGCAAACGAUGUGAAGGCCAUUGAAUCCGUCGAGCAUACCAAGGGUGUUGUCAUUGCUGGUUCCAUCAAAAAGACCAUGUUCCCGUUGACACGACCCUACCUGGGUAUUGUGGUGCUGGCUUUCUCUGGAGCACUGAUAGUAGGUGGACAAUACUGCGGGUCUGGCCUUCUAUUCGGUAACAUUAUGGGUACCAUGUCACCUUGCAAUUCUCCAGACUACAUCAGAUCUAGGGGUGAACUGCUCUCCGGAAUGUGGUUUAUGCUUGCCUGUGUCGCCUUCCUUGCCAACUUCACCAGCUGGGCGUCGUUCGGUCUUUUGUCUGAACGACUGAUCUACAAGGUUCGCAACUUGUCUCUGCACACGCUACUCCAACAACCGCUUCAAUGGCACGAGUCUGAGGCAAGGAACCCAUCCAUGUUGCUCGAGUUCAUCACCAAGGAUGGCAAUUCAUUGGCAGGCUUCAGCGGCUCCAUUGUUGGCACACUUUUCUCCGUUGUCGUCAACUUCGUGGCCGCUAUCAUUCUCUCUCACAUCAUCGCAUGGCGAAUCGCGAUUGUAUGUCUUGUUAUCGUACCACUCCUAUUGGGUGCUGGUUACAUGCAGUUGCGUGCCAUCGGCCGUUUCGCUGUUAAGCAUGCUGGCGCUUUCUCGUCCUCUAUCGGUGUGACUAUCGAGGCCGUCUCGAACAUCAAGACUGUACACGCACUGUCCAUUGAAGAGGAGAUUCUGCAAACCUAUCGGAGAUCGCUGAAGGCUCCGCGUAGGGAAAUGGUGAAGCAGAGCUUCAAGACUAAUGUCUGGUUAGCUGUCGCCAAUUCUUGUGGCAGCUUCAUCUAUGCUUUUGCGUACUGGUGGGGCUCGAAGAACAUUAUUGAAGGAAGAUACACCCAAACCGAGUUCUUCGUCAUUCUCAUCGCCAUGCUUGUUUCCGCACAGUUGUGGGGUCAAUUGUUUACCCUCGCGCCUGAAAUUGCUAAGGCCAAGAGUGCCAUCGGGCGUAUAUGUGGACUCAUCGAGCUCGGCAAGGAUGCACCUGCUACAGGACGUGGCAAGGCAUUUUCCGACCCUAGCUCUGCGGAGAAAAACCAGGAUGAUGUUGAGGCACAUGCUGAUUCACCACUUCCCGCCUCCACACAAGGUGGUGCCAGAGUUGUCUUCCGAGAGGUCGGCUUCUCGUAUCCAGCACGUCCUGGCGUUCCAGUUCUGACAUCACUUUCCUUGACCAUUCAGCCGGGUCAGUUUUGCGCCUUGGUUGGUCCAUCAGGUGCAGGCAAAAGUACUGUCUUAGCCCUUCUUGAGCGAUUCUACUCUCCUUCCGCGGGCAGCAUUUCCAUCAAUGGGUUCGAUAUAUCACGCCACCACGGUACAUCCUUCCGUGAUGAUAUCGCUUAUGUGCCACAAGAGAACGUACUCUUCCAAGGAAGCAUCAAGUUCAACAUUGGGUUAGGAGCAAGACCCGGACAUGAGCCAUCCGACGAGGAGAUCCAAGAAGCCUGUAAGCUGGCAAAUAUACACGAGACCAUUGUCGAUCUUCCCCAAGGCUACGAUACUGAGUGUGGCUCGAACGGCAAUCAGCUGUCUGGCGGCCAACGCCAACGUCUGUCCAUUGCGCGAGCUCUUGUCCGCAAGCCAAAAUUGCUGCUACUAGAUGAAAGCACGAGUGCGCUCGACGCAGAGAGCGAGAAGGCCUUGGAGCUUGGCCUUGAGCGGGCCGUCAAGGGUCAUGGUGUAACCGUCAUUGCGAUCGCGCACCGACUGAGGACGAUUGCUAGAGCUGAUGUGAUAUUCCUUGUCGAAGCAGGUAAGGUAGUGGAUCAAGGACGCCACGAGGAAUUGGUCCAGCGCAGUGAGAGCUACCGUGUCAACGCUCUCCACCAGAUGCUGGGAUAA